AUGAAGAGUGUUAUGAGAAAUACAUUUAAAGAAGAUCGAUCCAGAUGGAUACAUAGCCUGCCACGAGUGGAAAGUUCAUGGAGCGCGGAACUACAGAACCUGGAGGGCCAUUCAGGCUGGGUCUGGUCGGUGGCCUUCUCCCCGGAUGGCCAGAGGGUGGUCUCAGGCUCUAGCGAUCAAACUGUGAAGCUAUGGGAUGUGACGACCGGCUCGGAGGUGCAGAGCCUGGAGGGCCAUUCAGACUUAGUCAGGUCGGUGGCCUUCUCCCCGGAUGGCCAGACGGUGGUCUCAGGCUCUGACGAUCGAACUGUGAGGCUAUGGGAUGUGACGACCGGCUCGGAGAUGCAGAGCCUGGAGGGCCAUUCAGACUCGGUCUGGUCGGUGGCCUUCUCCCCGGAUGGCCAGAGGGUGGUCUCGGGCUCUAGCGAUCGAACUGUGAGGCUAUGGGAUGUGACGACCGGCUCGGAGAUGCAGAGCCUGGAGGGCCAUUCAGACUCGGUCUGGUCGGUGGCCUUCUCCCCGGAUGGCCAGAGGGUGGUCUCGGGCUCUAGCGAUCGAACUGUGAGGCUAUGGGAUGUGACGACCGGCGCGGAGGUGCAGAGCCUGGAGGGCCAUUCAGACUCGGUCUGGUCGGUGGCCUUCUCCCCGGAUGGCCAGAGGGUGGUCUCGGGCUCUAGAGAUGAAACUGUGAAGCUAUGGGAUGUGACGACCGGCUCGGAGGUGCAGAGCCUGGAGGACCAUUCAAACUGGGUCAGGUCGGUGGCCUUCUCCCCGGAUGGCCAGAGGGUGGUCUCGGGCUCUAGAGAUGGGACUAUGAAGCUAUGGGAUGUGACGACCGGCUCGGAGGUGCAGAGCCUGGAAGGCCAUUCAGAUCAUGACUGUUCCCCAACUUCACAUAAGCCUGGCUUUCAGAUAUCUGUAAAAGCUAGCUGGGUAGCAUUCAGAGGCGAAAAGGUAUUAUGGCUGCCUUUACACUAUCGUCAACCCAGCUGUUUUGCCAUUAAAAAUGAUACCCUUUCUCUUGGGUAUAGAGACGGGCGCGUUUUGAUUCUGGGGUUUUGUGCACUUGUGGAUUGA